UUUGGAGCCCCUUGAAACCCUCUGUAAGCCCCACGGCGAACUCUCCAGCCACAACCCAUAAAAUCGGGAUGUCGUCUCUUCUCCGCCUUCUCCGCGGUGCAUUACCCGCCUCUACCUCUGCCGCGGCUUCCGGCACCACCAAAGCCAAAUCUUACUGGACAGAAAUCAUUAAAGAACGCAACCUUGAGCAUCUCGUUGAGAAAUUCAAAAAUGCAUCUGUAGACGAGGAUUUCCGCACAAGAACUUUUGUUUACAAAAACGCCAUUCACCGUCUUGCAGCCACCCGGAAAUUUAACUACAUAGAAGAGAUUUUAGAGGACCAGAAGCAAUAUAAGGAUAUAUAUAAAGAGGGUUUUAAUGCGCGUUUGAUUUCUCUGUAUGGUGUAGCGGGCAUGUUCGAUAAUGCACGCCAGGUGUUCGACGAAAUGCUUGAAAGAAAAUGUGCUCCCACGGUCCUGUCUUUUAAUGCGUUGUUGGGGGCUUGUGUUAAUUCGAAGAAGUUUGAUGAAGCAGAAGGGUUGUUUAAAGGGUUAUCCAUGGAGUUAGAGAUUGAACCAGAUUUGGUUUCGUAUAAUACAGUCCUUAAGGCUUUUUGCGUGAUGGGCUCAAUGGAUUCGGCUGCUACAUUGCUAAAUGAGAUGGAGAAGAAAGGCUUGGAACCUGAUUUGAUUACUUUUAAUACGCUUUUACAUGGGUUUUAUGCGAAAGGAAGGUUUGUUGACGGGGAGAGGAUUUGGGAGCAAAUGAAGGAGAAGAAUGUUGAACCAGAUAAACGGAGUUAUAACUUGAAAUUGCUUGGAUUGACAUUGGAGAAGAGAAUGGAUGAUGCGGUUAAGGUUGUUGAAGAAAUGAAGAGUGAGGGGAUUCAACUUGAUACCUUUAGUUACAGCACUUUGAUUAGAGGGUUUGUUAAUGAGGGGGAUUUGAAGAAAGCUAAGCAUUGGUAUCAUGAGUUAGGGAGAAGUGGGUGUAAACUGGAUAAGUUGACUUUGGAGGGCUUGAUUCCUUUUGCCCUUCAGAAGGGUGAUUUUAUGUUUGCUUAUGGUAUUUGCAAAUACGUUCUCUGUAGCAAGUUGCUUGUUCAAAAUGCUUUGAUACAAAGCGUGGUGGAUGCACUGGCUAAGGAUUCAAGGCUCGAAGAAGCAAAGAAGCUUGUUGGUCUCGGGGAAUCUUGUCGUGCUCAUUCAUACAAGUUGGAAUUGCCAAAGCCAACUAGCAAUCCAAUGACUUCUCUGGUUUCUGUUUUUCACCGGGUAUAGCUGCAAAUAUCGAUGAAAGGAGGGUUUUGUGGAGCUAGGAGAUGGAUAACCCACAAAAUCUUUGUUUGGUAAUGCCUUUUGAUCUGUGGUGCUCCCCACUUCUUAGUUUAGCAUUGUUUUUUAGCUGCAGUGGUAUUGCAUCUGUGUCCUAAAUAGAUGAUGCGCCUCAUGUAUUUUAUUUGUUAUUCACAACUUAAGCACAUAGAUUCUACACAAACAAUUGAUUGCUCCUGAGUGUCUCCAACACAUUUCUUAAA